AUCUCAAUUCUCAACUCACACUCAUCACCCGGCCGCCUUCUCGCUCGAGCACUUCCCUUUCUGAGCUCAUCGUGCUGCUGAGACUUGAGAGCGGCAUAUAUAUGGCGGCUCAGGCAAGAAUGGGCGGCGCUCGUGGCAGCAGCGGCGCCGUCGUGCUUGCGCUGGUCCUCCUCUGCGUGCUCCUUCAUGGCGAGUUCGCCGAAUCGGCGGUGUACACGGUCGGCGACCGCGGCGGGUGGAGCUUCAACACCGCCAACUGGCCCAAGGGCAAGCGCUUCCGCGCCGGCGACGUGCUCGUGUUCAAGUACGACCCCAAGGCACACAACGUGGUGCCCGUGAGCGCGGCGGGGUACAGCUCGUGCAGCGCGCCGAGGGGCGUCAGGGCGCUCACCACCGGGAACGACCGCGUCACGCUCAAGCGCGGCGUCAACUACUUCAUCUGCAGCUUCCCCGGCCACUGCCAGGCCGGCAUGAAGGUCGCCGUCACCGCCGCGUGAGGCCGUACCGGACCGUGCCGAGCCGAUCGGCCGGACGGGCUAUAUAUCUGGGGCUGCUGCUUCUAUUAUUUUCUUCUCCAAAGUAAAGCGCAUCGUUGUUCAAUUAUAGUCGUCGCGUACGUACGUGUGUGUGCCGUAGUCGUUAGCGGAUUGGCACUAUAUACGGAGAGAGAGAAGGACAGAUCAAGCAAUGUAUUGGCGUGUGUGUUGAUCUAUGCAACAGAAUAAAGCCUCGUUCGAUUGUUGAGGCGACUUUUUAAAAUUUUAGCCUUUUUAAAAUUUGUCUUUACAUUUUUA